AAAGUUGCAAUUAGAAAUAUAAUUAGCGAGUAUACUACUCAGAAAAGAAAAGAAAAAGAGGAAAUUACACCCUCCAAUUUACAUGAAUUUUUGAAUAAGCCAGAUUAUGAACCUUUUCAUACCCAAGUCUAUUUACGACCGGAGAUAGUCAAUAGCUUGGCCUAUAGUGGUUGUGGAGAUAUUCUAAAAAUUGAAGUGAUUUUCUAUGAAAAAAAGGAUGACAGACAAGAAAUCAUUGAGAAGUGA